CACGCGCAUUAGACUCAUUGUUGUUUUGGGGUGUAUUUUGUAAUUAAUAAUAAUAAUUAUUGUUUAUGUCAAUCCCCACUGAUAUUAAAUAAUAAGAAGCAUAAUUUUUAUUAGUGAUAAGAAGACAAGAAGAAUUAUUAGUUCAUACACAAAGUUUAUGGUGGUAUGUCUGAACUACCCCUUAUGGACUCACAGGGUGACCCAAAUUGGUGUUCCGAAAAUGUGGGGUAGUUGGAGUCACGUUUAAUCAGAUUAUGAAACAAAUCAAUAAAUUGUGAUUAGAUUAAGUUAAAACGCAAAGCGUAAUAAAAUCGUCAAUAUGUACACAAACUUGACAAUUUUUUGUGCAAUUCUAGUCUGCUGUUCAGCGUCCAGAGUCUUAGAACUAAGCGACAAAUUUUCGGAAAUUUACAAAGAAGGGGGCUUUUGGUUGGUCAAAUUCUACGCCCCCUGGUGUGGCCAUUGUAAAAGACUGGAACCAGUUUGGGCACAAGUCGCCCAAGCACUGUACAAAACCAACAUAAGAGUUGGUCGAGUAGACUGUACAAGAUUUCCAACAUUGGCCACCGAAUUUUCCGUAAAUGGCUUCCCCACUAUUAAAUUUAUCAAACCAGGGGAGGAUUUCACAUUUCAUGGAGACAGAACCAAAGACGACAUUGUCAAUUUCGCCAUACGGAUGGCAGGGCCCCCAGUUCAAGACGUAACAAGAUCAGAAAGCUUAACAAACUUGAAACAAAUGAAUCAGUUAUUUUUCAUGUAUGUGGGGGAGCAAGAGGGCCUCCUAUGGGAGGCCUACUACGACGUUGCGAGCAAAUUACAACCACAUGGGUUUUUCUAUUCCGCGAGUAAAGAAAUCGCGAAACAACAUGUCGAUAUUGAUGAGCUCCCUGCUGUUUUUGUGUAUAAAGAAAGUUUGCAUUAUUUUUACCCAAUUGAAUCCGGCCCUGUUGUGGAUUUGAAUGAAAGUGAGGAAGCCCAACAUUUAAACUCUUCAAUGUAUAAAUGGAUCAAUGAGGAGAGAUUUGAAACGUUUCCUAAAAUUACAAGGGGUAACAUAAACGAAAUCCUCCAAACUAAAAAAUACAUUGUUUUGGUUGUGGUUGAAGAAAAUAAAUUGCAACAAAUAAGUCAAGAAAUGUUGGAAUUUAGAGACAUGGUCGAGGGUCUUAUUAGGAAGAAACGGGAUAAAUAUCACAAAUAUUUUCAAUUUGGUUGGGUUGGGAACCCUGAACUAGCAAAUAGUAUAGCAAUGCAAGUGUUACCAUUGCCACACUUGUUGGUUUUAAAUUCAACCACAAACCAUCACCAUAUACCAGAAGAUGACCCAUCGCAGUUAACUUCAGAUGCUAUUGAUAUUUUUCUUGAAAGAAUUUACAAUCAAAGUGUUCCAGCUUAUGGAGGAAAUAGUCUUGCAGUUCGUCUCUAUAGAACAUAUUUUGAGGCAAGAACAUCGUUAGCUGAUAUGUGGAGGGGAAAUCCUGUCUUGACAACAGUUCUUUUUGGUCUACCUCUUGGUUUCCUCUCUUUGAUUUUAUAUUCGAUUUGUUGCUCCGAUAUCUUGGAUGCUGAUGAAGAUGAGGAAGAAGAAUUGUUACAUGAGAAAAAGGAGUAACUAAAAAAAAUAAAAACUAAAAGUUUCUAGUCCCGCUGGUGUGUUUACUUUGUUGUGAAAUAAAUUAUUUGUAAUUGA